AUGGAGCGCACGUUUGAGAAAUCUCUCUGCCUUGGAACAGGAAUUCCAUUUGCGGCGCUGAUAUUUAUAAUUUCAAUUCCCAAUGCGAUAAUCCUAGUAACUCUAUACAGAAAUCCUCUUCGUUGCUUCAGAAAAACCUUCACGGUGUUUCUAGCGUUCAUAACCGCGACAGAUCUCUUUGUGGGGAGUGUAGUUUGCACUGGACUAGCCAUAACGCGAUUUUUGUGUUCUUUCCGUGGAAAACAGUUUCCUGGCGAAGGUGACAUUCCCACAAUUUUAGGAUACAUUGGAAUCAACAGUUCAAUCCUUAUGAUCACGGCUAUGUCCGUGGAUCGACUUGUGUCGGUCGUUUGCCCACACUUUUAUCUAAACACGGUUAAACCAAAGACACUUGUCUUAUGCAACUCAAUCAUCGUUAUUUUUUCUGCGAUAUUUGCCUGCCUCCAACUUGCUGGGAUUCCGAUUGAUGUGUAUAUUUCCAUAGAUAUACAUCUGCACACGACAUUUCCUCUUAUCACGACAAGUUUGUCUUAUUUAGGAAUAUUCUUUGUCUUGCGGAAACGCGCUCGAGUCGAUUUUCAAAGACGGGAGGCCAAUUCGACAAAUGCUUAUCUUAGUGACAUGCAAACGAUAACGCGUGUUAAAAAAGAAAGGAAAUUUGUCAUGACUUCCUUCUUAAUUUUGCUUUUCCUAAUCAUCUCCCUAAUUCCAUACUUUGCAUCAAUUCUUGUUGAGGCGAACUGUUCUGGUUGUCGCGGUAAGAAAUGGCUUAUUGUGCUGAGAGAAUCUUCAGUGGUAUUCUUAUUUCUAAAUUCAACUGUGAACCCGUUAUUGACAACAUUUCGAAUCAACGAGUUGAAACAUUCCUUAAGAAUUGUCAUCCGCGUGCAAAGACAAGAAGAUGUAAGCAGUUUUGGAAGUUCUGUCCAACAGAAAACAAAGAGGAAUACAGCCUCCGUUUAACUGGCUUAACUCUACUCUGCUCUAAAGAGCCUAUGAACAAGCCAAACAAAGGAUUCCUCUCAAGUUGCAGAAAUGGAACCUUAGUCAACCUUGUGGAUAACAACCACAGCAAGUUCCGUUUCUAUGGUCGAAUAACCCACCAUCAGUGCUAUUAACAGAAGUUCCUAAGCAAGCUAUACCACACACCAGGCUCAAAGCAAAUAGAGUCCUUUAUUCGCCAGCAGUGACCUUAAGCAAGCCACGACGGCGACGGCAGUGAAAACGAGGGAAACCAAAAGCUUUUAAUGGGCAAAACAAUAGCUGUGCGCGUGCGUUUUAUGGUCGUUUACAUUCCUUUACCGUCCUUUGCAAACCAGCAAGGUGGA